AUGGAUAUUGGAAUCCUUAGACCUAGCAGUUAAAGCUCCUAAUCUUCCUAGAACAAUCUACUAACUAUCUCCGAAUAUGAGGAAAUUGUGUAACGCCUUGAAGAUUCAUUUAGACUUCUCGAUAUGGUUAAAGAUGCCCUAUCAUCUUCAGACAACUUUGAUUAAAUGAAAUAAGGCAUUGAAUAAAAAUGCGAAAAAGUGACUGUCAGAGUCAAAAUAGUCAAAAAGUAAAAGUAGACGAUGUCCACCACUAAUCCUAGUCUGACUUUACACAUAUUCAAAGUGGAGAUCACCGACAUAGAGAAGAGAGGGUAUCUGAUGAUAAAAAAUAAUAAGAGUAGAACCUUGGCUCUAAUAGAUGGUCAAAAUUAUCUUUUAGACAAAGUCAAACUAAUUGUAAAUAAAAGAGGAGAAAUAGUCUUGAGUAGCACUUCAGUCACUGCAAUUAGGGAAGAAAAAGAGGAUACAUUUACAGUAGAAAGCUUAGAGCUUAGUCAAAGAGAACAUGAUUAAUCUAAAGAAAUCAAAGGAAUGAAUCGAGACGAGGGCAGCGAUGCUGAGAAUAAUUUCGCCAUUAGCAAUUUUAUGGGAGGUGCUUAAAAUUAAGAAUUGGUUGUAUUUUAGAGCACAAAGCAAAUUAUCACACACUGUGAGGAGAUCCUAAGCAAUGACCCCUCAGAUGAGAGCGAGAAAAAGUUGUGGAACUAUAGAGAGCUCUUAUCAUGGAAGAUGCCUGAGCAUUAUAAGAAAAACUAUCAAGCUAAGUCAUUGAAUCGUCCUCGAGUUGGUGCUGGGAACGCCGGUGACUCAAGUCUCCCAUUUAAUAACCAAAUUAACCUUUUUAUCCUUGAAUAUAUUACUUCUAGGUUAAGGGAAUAAAGAGUUAGUUUCUGUGGUAUUGUUUGUCAUAUCAAGUAAUAUGUUGAUAAGUAGAACAUGCAGAAAGAUUAUGAAGGAUCGAACCAAAUGAAUUCUUAAAUAGAUCUGGAAAGUAUCGACGAUAAAAGCAGAGUAUGUGUCUUUGUCAGGCACUCUCCCAAGAUAAAUCUCAAAGAUACCAUCCUAAAAGAUCAAGUUGUACUUAUCAAGAAUGCAUUGAGAAAAUAUUCAUCCAAGAAUCUCUUAGUCAUCGGAUAGGCAAAAGACAUUAACAAUUUUUAAGCAAGUGCCUCUCUUCAACUUAUCAAGACUAUUCCAUCAGAUAGUAUUGUUCGACAUAUCAUUAAAGUAAAUACUAACUGCUAACCAGCCGAGACUAUGAAUGAGUAGGUCUGUAGAAAUGGGUGCUUUAUUAGAGAGCCUUUCCUUAAUAUAUAGGUGCUAUGCUAAAUUCAGGAUGGAACCUCGAAGGCAUCUCUUGAACUCAAGAACGACAAAGUUAAGAAGGCAUUUAAUAUUACUGAUGGAGACAUCAGAAGAUUCAAAGAUUAUUGUUUAAAAUAUGGCACUUUCAUGCAUCCUAGCACAAAUGUAAACUAUCUAUACAGAGACAUAGUCAAUGUGUUCAAGAAGAACGAAACCUGGAGCUAGAUGAUAUUCUAUUGCAAAGCUUACUUCAAACCAUCGAAUGAUAAGAAGUCAGGUGCAGUUGGAGCUUAGCAAGGCAAGUUUGGGGCGAAGAGCGGGGGUAACUACAAUGACACGAUUUCGAAACCAUCAUUUUUGAUGAAAACAUCCUAAGAGCAAGAGGUAUUCUUGAAUGGAGAAGUAACCACAGUGAAAGACGUUCCAGGAUUCGGAGGUGGGCAGUUGAGGUCAGUGAAGAAACCAAACGUGUGUCUUAAAUGCUUGCAAGUAGAUGACAAUCUUAGAAGUCAAGCUGUAAGAAAUGUAUUCAACAAUAGAUAUUGA